GGGGAGCCCUCGGCUCGGAACACGGCUGCUGCUGGCGUCCCCCCGUCUCUCUGCUCGUCUCCUUUCCAUUGGAUGGGCAAUGGGUGCGUGGGCUUCAGCUGGCUCGGCUCCCCGGGCGCUGGCAAGGUGGGACCCUCAGGACAGCUGGCGGGUGCGCUGCGCCGCUCACUAGCUACACCGCCGGAGCCCCGGAGCCCAUGCGAUACAGCUGCGCCCUGUGCUGGAGGCCGAAGACCCUGCGAGUUCUGAGCGAGGCCCAUGGAUGUGGAAGGCCUCCCGGGUCCCGGAUCCCAUGUUCUCCCCGCGCAGUUAUGACGCCCUGCACGACGGCGGCCAGGGGCCCCCGGCGGCGGACGGCACGGCGGGCGCCCCGCAGGACGCACGGGGCCCCCGGAUGAGCGGCCCCUGCCCCGGGCCCCCUCUGAAGCGGCGCGGCGGCGUGGUGGACCACCGAGAUGUCAUCUUGGCCCACCAGGCGCACAAAGUCCACAGCACGCCACAGGCCCGGAGGAAGGAAUGGGAAAUGGCCCGCUUCGGAGACGAGAUGCCGGCCCGCUACGGGGGAGGAGGCUCCGGGGCAGCCGCCGGGGUGGUCGUGGGCGCCGGAGGCGGGCGAGGAGCCGGGGGCAGCCGGCAGGGCGGGCAGCCCGGGGCGCAAAGGAUGUACAAGCAGUCAAUGGCGCAGAGAGCGCGGACCAUGGCCCUCUACAACCCCAUCCCCGUCCGACAGAACUGCCUCACGGUCAACCGGUCUCUAUUCCUCUUCAGCGAGGACAACGUGGUGAGAAAAUACGCCAAAAAGAUCACCGAAUGGCCUCCCUUUGAAUAUAUGAUUUUAGCCACCAUCAUAGCAAACUGCAUUGUCCUUGCCCUGGAGCAGCACCUGCCUGACGAUGACAAGACCCCCAUGUCUGAACGACUGGAUGACACAGAACCAUACUUCAUUGGAAUUUUUUGUUUCGAGGCCGGCAUUAAAAUCAUCGCCCUCGGGUUUGCCUUCCAUAAAGGCUCUUACUUAAGGAAUGGUUGGAAUGUGAUGGACUUCGUGGUGGUGCUAACAGGCAUAUUGGCGACCGUUGGGACGGAGUUUGACCUACGGACCCUGAGGGCAGUCCGAGUGCUGAGACCGCUCAAGCUGGUGUCUGGAAUCCCAAGUUUACAAGUCGUCCUGAAGUCCAUCAUGAAGGCAAUGAUCCCCCUGCUGCAGAUUGGCCUCCUCCUGUUUUUUGCAAUUCUUAUUUUUGCGAUCAUAGGGUUAGAAUUUUAUAUGGGGAAAUUUCAUACCACCUGCUUUGAAGAGGGGACAGAUGACAUUCAGGGUGAGUCUCCGGCUCCAUGUGGGACAGAGGAACCCGCCCGCACCUGCCCCAAUGGGACCAAAUGUCAGCCCUACUGGGAAGGGCCCAACAAUGGGAUCACUCAGUUCGACAACAUCCUAUUUGCAGUGCUGACUGUUUUCCAGUGCAUCACCAUGGAAGGGUGGACUGACCUCCUCUACAACAGCAACGAUGCCUCAGGGAACACUUGGAACUGGUUGUACUUCAUCCCCCUCAUCAUCAUUGGUUCCUUUUUUAUGCUGAACCUCGUGCUGGGUGUGCUGUCAGGGGAGUUUGCCAAAGAGAGGGAGCGGGUGGAGAACCGGCGGGCCUUUCUGAAACUGAGGAGGCAGCAGCAGAUCGAACGGGAGCUCAACGGGUACAUGGAGUGGAUCUCAAAAGCAGAAGAGGUGAUCCUCGCCGAGGAUGAAACCGACGGGGAGCAGAGGCAUCCCUUUGAUGCUCUGCGGAGAGCCACCAUAAAGAAAAGCAAGACCGACCUGCUCAACCCCGAGGAGGCCGAGGACCAGCUGGCCGACAUCGCCUCCGUGGGGUCUCCCUUCGCCCGAGCCAGCAUUAAAAGUGCCAAGCUGGAGAACUCGACUUUUUUUCACAAAAAGGAGAGGAGGAUGCGUUUCUACAUCCGCCGCAUGGUCAAAACUCAGGCCUUCUACUGGACUGUGCUCAGUCUGGUAGCCCUCAACACUCUGUGUGUCGCUAUUGUUCACUACAACCAGCCCGAGUGGCUCUCCGACUUCCUCUACUAUGCAGAAUUCAUUUUCUUAGGACUCUUUAUGUCCGAAAUGUUUAUAAAAAUGUACGGGCUUGGGACGCGGCCUUACUUCCACUCUUCCUUCAACUGCUUUGACUGUGGGGUUAUCAUCGGGAGCAUCUUCGAGGUCAUCUGGGCCGUCAUAAAACCCGGCACAUCCUUUGGAAUCAGCGUGUUACGAGCCCUCAGGUUAUUGCGUAUUUUCAAAGUCACAAAGUACUGGGCAUCACUCAGGAACCUGGUCGUCUCUCUUCUCAACUCCAUGAAAUCCAUCAUCAGCCUGUUGUUCCUCCUUUUCCUGUUCAUCGUGGUCUUCGCCCUUUUGGGAAUGCAACUCUUCGGCGGCCAGUUUAACUUCGAUGAAGGGACUCCUCCUACCAAUUUCGACACUUUUCCAGCAGCAAUAAUGACAGUGUUUCAGAUCCUGACGGGCGAAGACUGGAACGAGGUCAUGUAUGACGGUAUCAAGUCUCAGGGGGGCGUGCAGGGCGGCAUGGUCUUCUCCAUCUACUUCAUCGUGCUGACGCUCUUCGGGAACUACACCCUCCUGAACGUGUUCUUAGCCAUCGCGGUGGAUAAUUUGGCCAACGCCCAGGAGCUCACCAAGGAUGAACAAGAAGAAGAAGAGGCAGCCAACCAGAAGCUGGCCCUGCAGAAAGCCAAGGAGGUGGCAGAAGUGAGUCCUCUGUCAGCCGCCAACAUGUCCAUAGCUGUAAAGGAGCAGCAGAAGAGCCAGAAGCCCACCAAGUCCGUGUGGGAGCAGCGGACCAGCGAGAUGCGGAAGCAGAACCUGCUGGCCAGCCGGGAGGCCCUGUACAACGAGAUGGACCCGGACGAGCGCUGGAAGGCCUCGUACGCCCGGCAUCUGCGGCCGGACAUGAAGACCCACCUGGACCGGCCGCUGGUGGUCGACCCCCAGGAGAACCGCAACAACAACACCAACAAGAGCCGGGCGGCCGAGCCCACCGUGGACCAGCGCUGCCUCGGCCAGCAGCGAGCCGAGGACUUCCUCAGGAAACAGGCCCGCUACCACGACCGGGCCCGGGACCCCAGCGGCUCGAUGGGCCUGGACCCCCGCAGGCCCUGGGCCGGCAGCCAGGAGGCCGAGCUGAGCCGGGAGGGGCCUUACGGCCGCGAGUCGGAGCACCACGCGCGGGAGGGCGGCCUGGAGCAGCCGGGCUUCUGGGAGGGCGAGGCCGAGCGGGGCAAGGCCGGGGACCCCCACCGGAGGCACGCCCACCGGCAGGGGGGCAGCAGGGAGAGCCGCAGCGGCUCGCCCCGCACGGGGGCCGACGGCGAGCCGCGCCGGCACCGGGCCCACCGCCGGCCGGGCGAGGAGGGCGCGGAGGACAAGGCGGAGCGGAGGUCCCGGCACCGCGAGGGCAGCCGGCCGGCCCGGGGCGGCGAGGGCGGCGAGGGCGACGGGCCCGAGGGCGGCGAGCGGAGGAGGCGGCACCGGCACGGCCCCCCGGCCUCCUACGAGGCGGACGCAGCGCGCAGGGAGGACCGAGAGCGCCGCCACCGGAGGAGGAAAGAGAACCAGGGCUCCGGGGUCCCCGUGUCGGGCCCCAACCUGUCGACCACCCGGCCAAUCCAGCAGGACUUGGGCCGCCAGGACCCGCCGCUGGCCGAGGACAUUGACAACAUGAGGAACAACAAGCUGGCCACCGCGGGGUCGGCCGGCGCCCACGACAGCCUCGGCCGCCCCGGCCUGCCCCAGAGCCCCUCCAGGACCGGAAACAGCACCGACCCCGGCCCCGCGCCAGCACCGCCCGCCGUGGCCGCGAACCCCCAGAACGCCGCCGGGCGCCGGGCGCCCAACAACCCGGGGGACCCGUCCGACCCCGGCCCCCCCAAGACCCCCGAGAACAGCCUUAUCGUCACCAACCCCAGCAGCACACAGACCAACUCAGCAAAGACUGCCAGGAAACCCGACCACACCACGGUGGACAUCCCCCCGGCCUGCCCGCCCCCCCUCAACCACACCGUCGUCCAAGUGAACAAAAACGCCAACCCAGACCCACUGCCAAAAAAGGAGGAAGAGAAGAAGGAGGAGGAGGAAGACGACCCUGGGGAAGACGGCCCCAAGCCCAUGCCCCCCUACAGCUCUAUGUUUAUCCUCUCUACAACCAACCCCCUUCGCCGCCUGUGCCACUACAUCCUGAACCUGCGCUACUUUGAGAUGUGCAUCCUCAUGGUCAUUGCCAUGAGCAGCAUCGCCCUGGCGGCUGAGGAUCCCGUGCAGCCCAACGCACCGCGAAACAACGUGCUACGGUAUUUUGACUACGUUUUUACAGGCGUCUUUACCUUUGAGAUGGUGAUCAAGAUGAUCGACCUGGGACUCGUCCUGCACCAGGGUGCCUACUUCCGCGACCUCUGGAACAUUCUCGACUUCAUAGUGGUCAGUGGGGCCCUGGUGGCCUUUGCCUUCACUGGCAACAGCAAAGGAAAGGACAUCAACACAAUUAAGUCCCUCCGAGUCCUCCGGGUGCUACGACCUCUUAAAACCAUCAAGCGGUUGCCAAAGCUCAAGGCCGUGUUCGACUGCGUGGUGAACUCGCUCAAGAACGUCUUCAACAUCCUCAUCGUCUACAUGCUGUUCAUGUUCAUCUUCGCCGUGGUGGCCGUGCAGCUGUUCAAGGGGAAGUUCUUCCACUGCACGGACGAAUCCAAGGAGUUUGAGAAAGACUGUCGCGGCAAGUACCUCCUGUACGAGAAGAACGAGGUGAAGGCCCGGGACAGACAGUGGAAGAAGUAUGAGUUCCAUUAUGACAACGUGCUCUGGGCUCUGUUGACUCUCUUCACUGUGUCCACGGGAGAAGGCUGGCCACAGGUCCUCAAGCACUCCGUGGACGCCACCUUUGAGAACCAGGGCCCCAGCCCCGGGUACCGCAUGGAGAUGUCCAUCUUCUACGUCGUCUACUUCGUGGUGUUUCCCUUCUUCUUCGUCAAUAUCUUCGUGGCCUUGAUCAUCAUCACCUUCCAGGAGCAGGGGGACAAGAUGAUGGAGGAAUACAGCCUGGAGAAAAAUGAGAGGGCCUGCAUCGACUUCGCCAUCAGUGCCAAACCGCUGACCCGACACAUGCCACAGAACAAGCAAAGCUUCCAGUAUCGCAUGUGGCAGUUCGUGGUGUCCCCGCCUUUCGAGUACACCAUCAUGGCCAUGAUCGCCCUCAACACCAUCGUGCUCAUGAUGAAGUUCUACGGGGCCUCGGUUGCUUAUGAAAACGCUUUGAGGGUAUUCAACAUCGUCUUCACCUCCCUCUUCUCUCUGGAAUGUCUGCUGAAAGUCAUGGCUUUCGGGAUUCUGAAUUAUUUUCGUGAUGCCUGGAACAUCUUCGACUUUGUGACUGUUCUGGGCAGCAUCACCGACAUCCUCGUGACUGAGUUUGGGAAUAACUUCAUCAACUUGAGUUUUCUCCGCCUCUUCCGAGCUGCCCGGCUCAUCAAACUCCUCCGACAGGGUUACACCAUCCGAAUCCUUCUCUGGACCUUUGUGCAGUCCUUCAAGGCCUUGCCUUAUGUCUGUCUGCUGAUUGCCAUGCUUUUCUUUAUCUACGCCAUCAUCGGGAUGCAGGUGUUUGGCAACAUCGGCAUCGACGUGGAGGAUGAGGACAGUGAUGAGGAUGAGUUCCAAAUCACUGAGCACAAUAAUUUUCGGACCUUCUUCCAGGCCCUCAUGCUUCUCUUCAGGAGUGCCACCGGGGAGGCUUGGCACAACAUCAUGCUUUCCUGCCUCAGUGGGAAGCCGUGUGAUAAGAACUCUGGCAUCCUGACUCCCGAGUGUGGCAAUGAAUUUGCUUACUUCUACUUCGUUUCCUUCAUCUUCCUGUGCUCGUUUCUGAUGCUGAACCUCUUUGUCGCUGUCAUCAUGGACAACUUUGAGUACCUCACCCGAGAUUCCUCCAUCCUGGGCCCCCACCACCUGGAUGAGUACGUGCGUGUCUGGGCCGAGUACGACCCCGCAGCGUGCGGUCGGAUUCAUUAUAAGGAUAUGUACAGUUUAUUGCGCGUGAUAUCUCCCCCUCUCGGCUUAGGCAAGAAAUGUCCUCAUAGGGUUGCUUGCAAGAGGCUCCUUCGCAUGGAUCUGCCCGUGGCCGAUGACAACACUGUCCACUUCAAUUCUACCCUCAUGGCCCUGAUCCGCACAGCCCUGGACAUCAAGAUCGCCAAGGGUAAGGGCAGGGACGGGAGCAGGGAGGUGGGACCGGAUGGAACUGGGGCCUGGAAGGGGAGAGAGCAGCGGACAGCCGGGGAUCCUACUCCCCGCCUGAAACCAGAGGAGCCACUGGCCCGUCCCGGUCUCCACUCACUCACCCACUCAGCCGGCACACGUCUCGUGCACGCUUCCUGUGUGCCGGCCAGUGCUAUAUGCGGAGGGGGGGACGUGGCAGUUCACGCUUCCAGUGGGAGAGGCUUCCCUGAGGAGGUUCUCAAGGAGUCAUGUGGACACGUGGGGAGAAAGUGCCCCAGCAGGGGCCAAAGCCCUGAGGCUCCCUCUGGCCGCAGGGCAGAACGGACCGGGAGGAGGUCAGCGUGGAGGCCACUGACCCAAAAAUGAUCCCAGUGAAAGCAGGAUGGCUGCCUAGACUCGGGGGGUGUGGAGUGUUCAGAGUCCGGCCGUGUCCUGGGAGCUGGCCCACGCCAUGGCCGAUGCAAGGCGUGGGGCAGAGAGAGGAGUCAAGGCCACCCCCCAGGGGCGAGGGCCUGAGCAGCCGAAGGACAGAGCCGCGGCUGUCCGAGACGAGGAAAAGGUGGGAGGGGCAGGUUUGGGGCGAAGGAAGGGCAGGAGGUCGGUGUCGGCCUGGAGACAAGGUGCGGGCAGGGGUCUCUCCCGCGGAUGCUUCUGGUGGGGAACGCCUCCCCAGGAAGGUUCUGAAGGCGAGGUUAAUGCGUCUUCCCGGCUGGGCUGGAGAUACAAAGUCAGGAGGCAUCAGAUGCCGACACAUCUUAAGCCAGGGGACUGGACAAGCUCGGCAAGGAGAUAAGUGUGAACCGAGAGGCCCCAAGGACAGCCCAGGGCCACCGCAGUGUUAGAGGUGACCAGGGAAGGGGCGACUGGGGAGGAGAUGAAGGCCGGGCCAGCGUGGGCCCCCGAAGGGUGUCUCCGGCACGUCCGUUCCUGCCCAACAGCCAAGGAAGACAAGGACCCAGAGCGAGCAGUGGCGGAGGGGGUCAGAGCCCCCCUGCCUUGGAACGGGGUCUAGAGGCCUGGCAGGAGACCGGAUGUGACUUGGCAGCUGAUGGGACAGUGGGGCAGAGAGAGAGGUGCGCCGGUCG